AUUCAACCAGGCCUAAAGUUCGACAUGGAGAUCCGACCUUGGUUCCGGAUAUGGUUCCAAAUUUUGUACCCAAAAGGUUAGGUCCAGGUCCAAAACCUGGACCCAAAUAGUAUUUGGGUCGACCCGUUGCCAUCCCUGGGAGCAGCCUCCGUGAUAAAACUUUGUGUCUAAAGAAAUUGGACUUUGUGUCAAUGAGUGUUCCACUUCAUUAUAAAACACUCCGCUGAUGUCUUCUGCCCAAAGUUGUACUUGGUCCUCCUUAUUAGAAAGAGAUUAAGCGAGAAGAAAAGGUUCGAUCCUCUCUCUCACAGGCCUCCACCGAAGGGCUCAAGGCAAGUUUUACGGCAAGCUUCAGGUGACGUUGCAGGCUAGAAUUCGGCCAAGGUCUCGCAUCGGAUCGAAGAACAAUGGCUCCGGAAAUAAGUGAGCAAGGAAGGGAGCACCAUACGAUAGAUAUGGCGAACGUGGGGUCAAGAAAUGAGGCUCAGGAAAUAACUGAGCACGGGACGAUGGUUGUGGCGAAGAUCGAGUCAGGAAAUGAGGCUGUCCCAAUGGCGACCGAAAUAGCUGAGCAAGGAAGUGAGAACAUCGAGCCAGGAAAUGAGAGUGCCUGGAAGAAUCACUCUGUUUACAAAGUCCCUGCUUUCAUGGCCAAAAUGCACGAGGGAGCCUUCACGCCCAAGCUCAUAUCCAUGGGCCCCUACCACCACGGUAACCCUGACCUCCUGCCCAUGGAAGAACACAAGCGCCGGGCGCUCAAACACUUUCUCAAACGCACAGGGAAACCUCGUCAGCACUACUUAGAUGCACUCCAAAAUGUGGAGCAUAAGCUCGUUGCCUGCUACGACUGGUCUCAUGUCUCGGCCCCUGAGAGCGCCGAAUUCUUGAAGAUGAUGCUCUUUGAUGGCUGCUUCCUCAUAGAGUUGCACCGCAGUACCUGCUAUCGCCAGACCGCGUACUACGAGCAGAAUGACCCUAUAUUCAACAACAUUGAUGCACCAUAUGCCUACCACUUAUACAAUGACAUGAUCAUGGUCGAGAACCAGAUACCUUUGCUGGUUUUGCACACACUGCUCGGGGAUGUCCCUUUCUCCGAGGUCAACAAGUUGGUGCUAGAGCUCUUCGAUGAACCUCCGACAUUGGAGCUGCCGGGGCUGGGACUGCAUUUGUUGGACGUGAGAAUAAAGGGCAAGCUGGGAGAGCAAUCACCUUCAGUUGAGAAGGAGGAGGAGCCUGCAAGCAGGCGCAGACACCUGAUGCCGGGACUGAGCUGCUGUCUACAGGACUCCGAGGGAAAGAGCAGUUCACACCACGCCUCCAACCAGGAUAAGGAUUACGAUGGUUGGGAUUUCAAGCUACCUUCGGCCACAGAGUUGUACGAAGCCGGUGUAAAAUUUAAAAGGAGCGACCAGGAUGGGUUCAUGAACAUCAGUUUCGACCACGGAGAAUUGCGCUUACCGCUGCUAAACGUCACCGACAAUACGGAAUCCUACCUCCUGAAUUACAUGGCGUUCGAGCAGCUAGGUGGCGCAUGGUUGGGCAACGAUGGCACCAAGGUCUCCUCGUUUGUGGUCUUCAUGGAGGACCUGAUUGACACGGCCAAGGACGUGCAGAUUCUUCAGCAUGCACGCAUACUAAAGAACGGGUUGGGGAGCGAUGACCAGGUGGCGCAGCUCUUCAACGGAAUCACAAGGGGGAUGAUGGCUUAUGACGGUCCCCAGAUGAAGGAGGUGAGGAGCAAGCUGGUAAAGUAUUGCCAUAGACCGUGUAACAAGUGGCGAGCUAACCUUUGCCACACCUAUUUAAGAAACCCAUGGACCAUUACCUCCGUGGUUGCUGGAGUGGUCCUCCUGCUACUUACAUUCCUCCAAACCCUCUACUCGAUGCUAGCCUACUAUAAACAACCACCCCAACCCCACACUUGAUAUUUUAUCUCCUUCACAACCCUGUAAAACUGUUCGAGUUAUGGUGGGUGAAAUGGGAGCAGAAAAAUGGUGUGAUUUGUAUAAUUAGAUCACAAACUUUUCUUGUUUUUCAGGCAUACAGCUAUCUCAAGGCGAUAUAUUUGCCUCCUUUUAAUGUA